UGCUAACUGUGUGCGCGUCACGGGGCUGCCAUAACGGUUCGGCUCCGCUCCGGCGCGGCGCCUGCGCCCCACUGGCCUGGGUCGCUGCGCCCCAGAGCCUCCGCAUGUCAUGUCCCGGCUGCGCCUCUGGGCCCCACUGCUCCUCCUCACGUGGCAACCACUGUGGCUGCUGGUCCAGGCAGCUCAGCCUCCGGAGUGGGCCCUGGACCCUGCCCAGCUGACCUCCGACUUCCUAGGGCCCACCGAGCCCUGGUCUUCGCACUCCUUUGAACUCCCGCCCGAAUCGCCCCAGGCACUUACACCCCCAGCAGAGCCGGGGGGCUUUAAAUACUUGGGGUCCUCUGCUCCAGUCCAGAUGUUGGCCCCGCCUAAGGAAUUGACUGAGACUUUGGUUCCGUUCCCGGACACGGAUUCAGUUGGCGAGCUGCCCCCAGCGGCAGAUCAGGAUCUGAAUGACAAGCUAACCCAGCAUGAAAGGCUCCCGGAGGUGGCUCCAAGGCUAGGUUGGGAUCAGAAUCAGACCACAGCUCUGCCUCUUGGACUCAAAAGUAAGAUUAAAGUUGUAGGUUUGGAUCAGGCUGAAGAUCACCAAUCAUUUGAAAUACUUAUUCCACCUCUGGAUGUUCAGAGCUCAAAGCCAACUCAGUUUAUUGUCUCACCCCCAAACCUGGAGGAAGAUCUUGUUCAGCAUCGAAGGCUUGCCAAAGUCAUUGUUGGAACUCCAAACCAACUUGCAAAUAAAGAGCUCCUAGAACAGCUGCAGGAUGAUGAUUCAGAUUCCAGUAUGGAUAUCCUAUAUCCUGGGGAGAACCUACCAAUGGAUUUCCCGGGGCAACCAGAACAACCUCCAAAUCUCCCUGAGGAGGCUGAAAUUUCCCCGCUCCUGCAGGAAACCCCAAAUCAUCUACAGUUCCCUGAGGAAGCUGAAUCUAUUUUGCCUCAGGUGGAGGCCCAGGCCCAACAUCCAGAGCCCUCUGAAGAGACAGAAACCUCUCCAAUUCAGCAGCAGCCUCCAUCUUCGCCUCCGGAGAUCCUUAAGGAAGGUGGAAAUUCUGUAAAUGCACAGGAGGCCCCAGCUGAGCCUUCAAGCACAACUGAAGAGGUCGAACCUUCUUCAGUCCAUCAGGAAGCCUCAGCUCAACCUACAGAGGCCCCUGAGGAAGUAGAACCUUCAACCCCUCAGGAGGCCCCAGCUCCGCCUCCAGAGUCCUCUACAGAUGUUGUAUCUCAGCCUCCACUACAUCAUGAGGUGACAUUCUCACCUUUAGGUCCCGGUAAAGCUCAGUAUCCACUGUUGCCCAAUAUCACAGUUAAACCUUCAGAUCAGGAGGUUUCCAUAACUCCAGUGCCAACUAAGGCUGAACAUUCUCUAGUGCAGCAGGAGUUCCCUGCUCAGGCUCCAGUUCCCCCUGAGCAGGCUGAAUUUUCUCCAACCCAGUCCAAGCCUCUUUUCCAGUCUCCGGAGAUCCCCAAAGAUGAAUCUCCUCCAGGCCAACAAGAGGUCAUAGCUCAGACUCCAGACCCUCCUAAGGAGGUGGAACCUGCUUCAAGCCAAUGGGAGGUCCCAGCUGAGCCAUCAGAGCCCCUUAAGGAGAUUGAACCAUCUGCAAAUGAACAUGCAGUCUCAGUUCAUCCUCCAAAGCCCACCAAGGAAGUCAAACCUGCAAACCGACUGGAGGCCCUAGCUCAGUCUCCUGUCCCCCAGCAGGCCCAAGCUAUACCCCCUGAGCCCCCCAAUGAGGUAGAACCUUCUCCCACGCAGCUGGAGGCCCCAGCUCAGCCUCCAGAACUCCCUGAGAAGGUAGAACCAUCUCCAGCCCAGCAGGAAGUCUCAGCUCAGCCUUUGGAGCCCCCUAAUGAGGCAGAAUCUUCAACCCAGCAGGAGGCCCUAGCUCAGUCUCCAGUUCACCAACAGGCCCCAGCUAUAUCUCAGCCCCCUAAGGAGGUAGAACCUUCUCCAACCCAGCAGGAGGCCCCAGCUCAGUCCCCUGUCCCCCUGCAGGCCCCAGCUAUAUCUCCCGAGCCUCCUAAGGAGAUAGAACCUUCUCCCACACAGCUGGAGGCCCCAGUUCAGCCUUCAGAGCCCCCUAAUGAGGCAGAAUCUUCUCCAACCCAGCAGGGGGCCCCAGCUCAGUCCCCUGUCCCCCCACAGGCCCCAGCUACAUCUCCUGAGCCCCCUAAGGAGGUAGAACCUUCUCCCACACAGCCAGAGGCCCCAGCUCAAUCCCCUGUCCCCCCACAGGCCCCUGCUAUAUCUCCUGAGCCCCCUAAGGAGGUAGAACCUUCUCCCACACAGCUGGAGGCCCCAGCUCAGCCUUCAGAGCCCCCUAAUGAGGCAGAAUCUUCUCCAACUCAGCAGGGGGCCCCAGCUCAGUCCCCUGUCACCCCACAGGCCCCAGCUAUAACUCCUGAGCCCCCUAAGGAAGUGGAACCUUCUUCCACGCAGCUGGAGGCCCCAGCUCAGCCUCCAGAGCCCCCUGAGAAGGUAGAACUAUCUCCAGUCCAGCAGGAAACCCCAGCUCAGCCUUCAGAGGCCCCUAAUGAGGCAGAAUCUUCUUCAACCCAGCAGGAGGCCCCAGCUCAGUCCCCUGUCCCCCUGCAAGCCCCAGCUAUAUCUCCUGAGCCCCCUAAGGAAGUGGAACCUUCUCCCACACGGCCAGAGACCCCAGCUCAGCCUCCGGAGCCCCCUGAGAAAGUAGAACUAUCUCCAGUCCAGCAGGAAACCCCAGCUCAGCCUUCAGAGGCCCCUAAUGAGGCAGAAUCUCCUUCAACCCAGCAGGAGGCCCCAGCUCAGUCCCCUGUCCCCCUGCAAGCCCCAGCUAUAUCUCCUGAGCCCCCUAAGGAAGUGGAACCUUCUCCCACACGGCCAGAGACCCCAGCUCAGCCUCCAGAGCCCCCUGAGAAGGUAGAACCAUCUCCAGUCCAGCAGGAAACCCCAGCUCAGCCUUCAGAGCCCCCUAAUGAGGCAGAAUCUUCUUCAACCCAGCAGGAGGCCCCAGCUCAGUCCCCUGUCCCCCAACCGGCCCCAGCUAUAUCUCCUAAACCCCUUAAGGAGGUGGAACAUUCUCCCACACAGCCAGAGGCUCAAGCUCAGCCUCCAGAGCCUCCUGAGAAGGUAGAACCAUCUCCAGUCCAGCAGGAAGCCCCAGCUCAGCCUUUAGAACUACCUGACAAAGUGGAACCUUUUCCAGUUUCUCAAGAGACCCAUUCUCAGCUUCCACAGUCUCCUGAGAAGGUGGAAUCCUCUCCAGUCCUGCAAGAAGCCCCAUCUCUACCUCCAGAGCCCCUUAAGGAGGUAGAACCUUCUCCAACCCAGCAGGAGGCUCCAGCUCAGCCUCCAGAACCACCUAAGGAGGUUGUAGCACAACCUCCAGUCCAUAAGGAGGUGAUAGUUCCACCUCCAGGACAAGAUCAAGCUCAGUAUUCACAUUUGCCCAGUGCCACUGUUAAACCUGUUGACCUGGAGCUUACUAUAACUCCGGAGCCUACUACGGAGGCUGAGCAUUCUACAGCCCUGCAGCAGACUCUAACUCUUCCAGAGGACCCUGCAGUGACAAUUCCACAUCCAGAGCCUGUUCAGGCUCAGCAACCAAAUUUGACUGAAGUCACUGUUCAACCUUUAGACCUGGAGCUUACUGUAACUCCAGAACCCACUACAGAGGUUGAACCUCCAACCAUGCAGGAGACCCCAGAUCAGCCUUCAGAGCUGCCUAAGGAGGUUGUAGGUCAGCCUCCAGCAUAUCAGGAGGUGACAAUUCCAACUCAAAGCCAAGAUCAAACUCAACAUCUAUUAUUACCCAACAUAACAUUUCGACCUUUGGACCUGGAGCUUACCAUAACUCCAGAACCCAUUACAAAGGUUGACCAUUCUCCAACCAUGAAGAAAACUACAGCUCCCCAAAAGGACCUCGAAGUGACAUUCGCACACCUAGAGCAGAUUCAGGCUCAGCAUCCAACUUUGACUGAAGUCACAGUUCAACCUUUGGACCUGGGGCUUACCAUAACUCCAGAAUUCACUAAGGAGACUGAACUUUCUGUACCUAUGCAGGAGAUCCCAGUUCAGCCUUCAGAGAAACCUAAGGAGGUUGUCGUAGCUCAACCUCCAGUAUAUCAGGAGGAGACUGUUCCAACAUCAGGUCAGGAUCAAGCUCAGCAUCCAUCAUCACCCAAUGUAACAGUUCAACCUUUGGACCUGGAACUUACUGUAAGUCCAGAACCCACUACAGAGGUUCAACAUUCUACAACCCUGAAAAAGACUACAGCUCCUCCAAAAGACCUUGAGGUGACAUUUGCACAUUCAGAGGAGGUUCAGUCUCACCGUCCAACCUUAAAUAAAGUCACAGUUAAACCUUUGGACCUGGAACUCACUGCAACUCCAGAAUCUACUACGGAGGUUGAACAUUCUUCAGCCAUGCGUGAGACCCCAGAUCAGCCUCCAGAGCCACCUAAAGAACUUGUUUCUCAACCUCCCAUGUAUCAAGAGGCAGUGGUUCCAACACCACGUCAGGAUCAAGCUAAGCAUCUGUGGUCAUCAAAUGUGACAGUUCAACCUUUGGACCUGGAGCUUACCAUAACUCCAGAAUCUACUACAAAGGUUAAACAGUCUACAACAGUGCAGCAGCAGCAGACUACAACUCCUCCAAAGGACCUUGAGGUGACAUAUCCACAGUCAGAGCAGGUUCAGUUUCAGCAUCCAACCUUAAAUAAAGUCACAGUUAAACCUUUUGACCUGGGUCUUACCGUAACUACAGAACGUACAACAGAGACUGAAACUUCUCCAACCACGCAAGAGACCCCAACUCAGCCUCCAGAGCUACCUAAGGAGGUUGUAGUUCAAUAUCCAUUCCAUCAGGAAGCAACAGCUCCAACUCCAAGUAAGGAUCAAGGUCAGCAUCCAGUUUCAGCCAGCGUCACAUUUCAUCAUGAGGACUUGGGGCUUACCAUUACUCCAGAACCUAUUACAGAGGCUGAACAUUCUACAACCAUGAAGAAGACUACACCUUCUCCAAAGGACCUUGAGGUGACACCUGCACAUCCAGAACAGGUUCAGAGUCAACAUCCAAACCUGACUGAAGUCACAGUUCCACCAUUGGACCUGGAAAUUACUGUAACCGCAGGAUCCAAUAUGGAGGUUGAACCUUCUCCAACCAUGCAAGAGACCCCAACUCAGCCUCCAGAGCUACCUAAGGAGGUUGUAAUACAAUAUCCAUUCCAUGAGGAGGUGACAACUCCAACUCCAAGUAAGGAUCAAGGUCAGCAUCUAGUGUCACCCAGGGUUACAUUUCAUGGUGAGGACUUGGGGCCUACCAUUACUCCAGAACCUAUUACAGAGGCUGAACAUUCUACAACCACAAAGAAGACUACAACUUCUCCUCCAAAGGACCAUGAGGUGACACUUGCACAUCCAGAACAUGUUCAGAGUCAACACCCAAAGCUGACUGAAACCACGGUUCUACCUAUGGACCUGGAAAUUACUGUAAGUCCACAACCAGAGUCAUCUGAGACAGUUUUUCCCCCAACGACCCAGCAUUCAGUGCUGCAUUUUGUAAAAUACACCCCAGAAAAGGCACGCACAGCUUUAACUGAGCCACCAGAAGAGAAUGCUACCAUGAACAUCAACAUAUGUGAGCUCUGUACCUGCAAAGAUGAGACGCUGUCAUGUACUGGUUUCAGCCCAAAGCAGAGGCUCCGCAGAGUGCCUGUGCCAGAGCCCAACACCUACAAUGGCACCUUCACCAUCUUAAAUUUCCAAGGAAAUUCUAUUUCUUACAUUGAUGAAAAUAUAUGGAAGGCAUAUCGAUGGGCUGAGAAACUAAUUCUCAGUGAAAAUUCUUUGACCGAAUUACAUAAGGACUCUUUUGAAGGCCUGCUAUCCCUCCAGUAUUUAGAUUUAUCCUGCAAUAAAAUACAAUCUAUUGAAAGACGUACAUUUGAACCACUACCCUUUUUGCAGUUUAUAAAUCUUGGUUGCAAUUUGCUCACAGAACUGAGCUUUGGAACAUUUCAGGCCUGGCAUGGAAUGCAGUUUUUACACAAGUUAAUUCUCAAUCGUAAUCCUCUGACAACUGUUGAAGAUUCAUAUCUUUUUAAAUUGCCAGCAUUAAAAUAUUUAGACAUGGGAACGACACAGGUGACCCUUUCAACAAUUGAGAGCAUCCUCAUGAUGACCCUUGAAUUGGAAAAACUGAUUUUACCUAGCCGUAUGGCCUGCUGUCUCUGUCAAUUCAAAAAUAAUAUUGAGGUUGUCUGCAAGACAGUCAAGCUGCAUUGUGACAGUGAAUGUAUGACAAAUGCCACACAUUGUGAUGAAGAAGUAUCUAUAAGGAAUACAGAAGGCUCCUUCAUGAAGGUAUUGAAAGCCCGGAAGAAGAGCACCAGUACUGAGCUGACUAUUGAUCCAGAGAAGGCAUCCUCAGACAAAAAUAGUGUCAGUCUAGCCUUUAUCAAUGAGCAGCUAGACUUUAAUGAUGAAAGUGAUGUUAUUAGUGCGCUGAAUUACAUAUUGCCUUAUUUCUCAGAGGGAAAUCUAGAAGAUGUAGAAUCAACAUUAUUACCAUUCAUUAAACUUCUGUUUUCAAAUGCACAAGAUGGAGACAAGCCCACAGGUCCCUUGACACAUGACACAGGGAGCCUAUCUCUUAAACCUGGACCCAACAAUUCAACUUACAAAAAUAAACUGAAGAAACUCUAUUUUCUGGAAAAUUUGUUAGAUGCAGAAAUUCAAGAAAAAAUUGAUGAGGUGAAAAAGAAAGAAAAAACUGCCAUGCUUAUACGUUCCGGUCUUUUGGGUCCCAAAUUUAAACGCCAGAUCUUUCCAAAGAAAUUGGAAACUGCCCAAGCACAGGAAGAGAGCCUCGCCAAGGCUGAACAUGUAGGGAAAAAGAUGCUGAGAGUGAAAAAGGUCAUCAAGGGCCCCAAGGGCCUACGGAAAAGGUACUUCAAAGAAAUGGGCCGUCAGAGCAACCAGAGGAAACAGAAUGCCCAGCCAUUUGUGGAGAACAUGGCCAAAGAAAGAAGGCUCGGGAGACCAUCUCCAAGGGAGCUGGAGCAGCUUCACAUGGCGCAGAGGCCCAAGAAAUUAGUGGGAGACUCCUUCAAUACAGAGCCUUCAUUCAUAAAGGAGCACAAGGCAGCAGUCUCUUCCUUCCUGAAACAAUACUCACUGGGCAGGCCUUCUGCCUCCACUGCUCCGAAAUCCCUACCUGAGGUGAAAAACAAAUCAAAAGACUUAACCUACACCAUUUUUGUUUUAGAGGAUGCAAAUGCUAGAGUUAGGAAUAUGAAGGCUCCUAGACCAGUCUCACAUUCCGGAAAGAAGUACAUCCUUCAUAAAACUCGCUCACGUGUGGUCCACAGAGAACCCAAGGCCAAAUGGAAUCGAAAAUUCAAAAAGAAAAGUCCUCUCAGAAAUAGACUGAUGCUGGCAAAGAGGCCUCCAUUCUCUGCAGUCAGGAGCCUCAUAAAUUCCCCCUCACGGGAGGCUUUUUCAUCUUCAGGAGAAAUGAGUUCUCAGGAAAAUCCUUUUCCGGAAUUAUUUACUCUUUCAGAACCAAUUAGGGAAAACACUACUGUGGAAAACACUACUGCGCAGAAUGUUUUUGAAGAAUCUAUUUCUGCAGAAAAUAUGACUGUGCCAGAACAAACCCUCCCUGAAUUCGGGAACCAUGAGAAUCUUCCCAGGGCACAUUCUGCAGCUACCGGAGACAACUUAAUGCCAACUGUUAAACAAACCAAUGAAACACAAUGGGAAUACCACAACGUGGGCACCGAAUUGCCCCCGAAGCCCACAGAGUUCACUGUGUCGAAGCACUCAGCCACAGGGGAUCUAUUUGAAAUUCAGCUAAACCAGCAGCUACGGUCCCUCAUCCCCAAUAAUGAUGUGAGAAGGCUCAUUUCCCAUGUUAUCCGGACUUUGAAAAUGGACUGCUCCGAGACCCACGUGCAACUAGCCUGUGCCAAGCUCAUCUCCAGAACAGGCCUCCUGAUGAAGCUUCUCAGUGAGCAGCAAGAAGUAAAGGUGUCCAAAGCAGAGUGGGAUACGGACCAAUGGAAGACUGAGAACUAUAUCAAUGAGAGCACAGAAGUCCAGAGUGAACAGAAAGGGCAGGAGUCCAGUGAGCUCACAAAAGAAGUUCCAGGUUAUGGCUAUAACAACAAACUCAUCUUGGCAAUAUCUGUGACUGUAGUAGUGAUGAUUUUGAUUAUAGUUUUCUGUCUCAUUGAGAUUUAUUCUCAUAGAACAGCAUCAGAGGAAGGUAAAGAAGGAAACUCAAGGGGCUUCUUUCGGUCUCUGCUGCGGAAGAGAUGCUCAUCCGAAAAUGAGAAUCAGGAGGGCUUUUUCUGGAGAAGGCGGCCACUUUGGCUUCGGGACAUGUACAGACCUCUCAAUGCCACACGCAAGAAAAACAUGGCACAGAAGUUACACGACAAGGAUUCUUCUGAUGAGGAUGAGAUUUUCAACAAGGAACCAGGAGAGAAAAGUGAAGCCCCAGCAGAGAAGGCUCAGGCCACAGAUUCGACUGCUGAAGAGCUGGGUGAGGAGAGCGAGACCGCCGCAGAGACCGUCACGGAGUGAGCCCAUCCUGCCUCAGGCCACCUACAGAGUUUAUUUUCUGAUAUUGGCUUCUCAGCAUUGCUUGUAAAAUACUUAUUUUUCUCAUAUUAAAAUGUAUAACUUCAUAACCAAUUCUAGCCACGUGGUAAGGAAUUAAAAUGGAACCAGUUAAACAUGUAUUAGUGAGACAACAGGGGCCAUGGGCACAAGGAGCAGGACUGAAGCUAGAAUCCCUCGUGGGCGCCAGCGUCCUGCCUGAGGAGCAGCGCGGGCAAAGGAGGAUGAGUAGGGGUGUCUCUCCCUCAGUUCCCUGAUCAAAUUAGUCUCUGGAAACCGGAAAACAUAUCUUCAGGGGGUGUAGACUGGGUAAUUAAAUCAAUGAGCAGUUUAUUCUGGUGCUCUCUUCGCUGGCUCACCAAGUCUCAGUAAUUCACAACACACUUGACCUCUUGCCCAGAGAAGAUCAUCUAUUUCUGGUGCCUCCCAUAAGGGCUUUGGCAUUGCCGGAAUAUUUGAAUCACUGAGCCUAGCUCCACGGCAGGCCUAAACCCUAACUUCCUUCCCAAGUGCACAAUCUC